AUGACUCUUCAUGACGUCAACUACACAGGUGAUUGCCUGCAGUCCAUCAACUCAACCUGUUCAAAAUUAUACUCUUCUAUGGCAGCUUAUGUUUCGAUGUAUGUGUUUGCUGCAGCUGUGGUGAUAUUUACUGUGUGUGGGAACCUUCUGGUUAUAACUGCUGUCUAUAAUUUCAAACAACUCCAUACCCCAACCAAUAUCCUUAUUGUCUCACUGGCCAUUUCUGACUGUCUUGUAGGUUUAUUUGUAAUGCCGGUACAUUCAAUGAUUUUGAUAGGAUCAUGUUCACUUUUUGGGUCAACCUUUUGUGCCUUGUACAAUAUUAUCAAUUUCCAUUUAACAUUUGUCUCUGUAUACAAUAUUUCAUUCAUUGCUGUUGACCGUUACUUUGCCUUAAGCAAUCCUUUCCUCUAUUCCAAAAAGGUAUCGCUGUCUCUAGCAUUCAUUAUAACAAUACACAUUUGGAUUGUGUCACUGUUUUACAACUGUGCAUUUCUUUACUUUAAUGGAAACUUCAGGAACAAAUGCCCAGAUAAAUGCCUUGUUUCUGUGGAUGAAGUGUGGUCUACUGUUGAUCUUAUUAUUGUUUUUAUUUUACCAUGUGCCACUAUCAUAAUUCUGUACCUAAAAGUAUUUUUCAUUGCUAGAAGGCACGCAGUCGUAAUCAGAGCUGCACUCAAGGAUCGAAAACGACUGGACAUCCAGAACAAUGGCGACUCAAUUAAAUUGGAGAGGAAAGCAGCCAAAGUACUUGGAAUUCUUGUUUCAGUGUUUUUGAUAUGUUUAAUCCCCUAUUAUAUUUGUAUGUCACUAUAUGAUGUGUUAGCUGAAUCAUAUGACAGCGUCGCCAAUGCCAUGUUAACACUAUUUUUCUUUAACUCUACACUCAACCCAAUAAUUUAUGCUUUGUUCUAUCCAUGGUUUCGAAAAAGUAUUAAAUUUAUUGUCACAUGCAUAAUCUGUAGGACUGACUCAUCAUUUACAAAUGUGCUCUCAAGUGACCGUUGA